AUGACAGGGUUCGAUGGCACUUCCGGUAAGCUUCAAGAGAACCCGAAGUUACAUAAGCCAGGAAUGCCGUUACGCACCAUUGUGAAUGGUAGAAGCCACCCGACAGAGAAAAUGGCGGAAAUUGUUGAGGACCAGUUGCGAAGCCAUGUGACGUCUCUUCCGUCGUUUGUAAGAGACACUAUGGACUUCUUAAACAAAAUACAAAAAUUAAAACAACCUCUUCCGGAAGGUACGCUAAUAUUCUGUUUAGAUGUGAAGGCCCUGUAUCCAAGUGUCCCGAGAGAUGAGGCCCGUGCUGCUGCUAUAGGCGCUUUAAACAGGCGAACGGACCCGGAAAUUCCUACAGGGGACGUCAUCGUGAUGAUGGACACUGUGUUGGAAAACAACACCUUCUCAUUCAACGACGAACACUUUAUACAGACAGAAGGGACGGCUAUUGGCUCACGCCUCGGGCUGAACUAUGCAUCAACCUACAUGGGUGCUUGGGAAGAGGAACUGUUCCGGCGGUCAGAAAAGCAUUCACUCGCAUACUUCCGGUUUGUGGAUGAUGUGUGGGGCUUAUGGACGCAUGGUAUCGAGGCACUUGAAACUUUCCACACAAAAGAAAAUGGAAUCAACCCUCGCAUUAAACUCGAGCUCCGCUAUUCUUCAGAAAAACUAGAGUUCCUGGACACGGUGACAUCAAUACGGAACGGGCGCCUUCAAACCGACCUAUAUACUAAGCCUACCGAUAAACACCUGUACCUACACAGGGAUUCUUCGCACCCGGAGUCUACAAAAAAAGCAAUAUCGUAUGGUCUGGGUGUGCGUGCGAAAAGAAUCUGUUCAGAGGAGGUUGCCUACCGGAAGCACAGACAGGCGGUGAAAACACAGCUCGUGAACCGUGGAUAUGACGGGGGGUUUGUAGAGACCGAAUUGAUAAAGGUCGACAAUAAAAAGAGAGUGGACCUUUUGCGCGAAUAG